AUGAACACUAUUUGGACUUUGCCUAAUCUGAUAUAUUGUUAUUUUCAUGAGGCAUUUGUAUAUGAAUGGAGUUACGCUCGUUUUGUCGUACCAACAGUGAUUUCAUCAAGUAUUAAAUAUCUGUCUAUUAUUGGUGUGGAUUAUGGAUAUCAAUCAGUUCGCAUAUUCGAGCAUACACCCAAUCUGAAACAUCUUUUUGUAUUGGCUCUUGGUAAAUGGUGGAGUUUCCAAUUUGCAAUACCUAUUCUAUCGAUUACUACUUUACAAUUUUCUGGAAAUUCGUAUUCAAAACCAUUAGAUCUGGUAGGAUGGUUGCCCAAUUUAUCGAAACUGAAAUUUGCUCUUAGUAAUAUACAAUAUUAUGUUUCGAUCGGAGAAGAAUGGGAAGAUAUCAUUCAUCAGCAUUUAAAAAAAUUAAAAAUAUUUCAAUUCAAAAUAGAAUUCGAUCUAAAUGAAGAUGAAAACAAUGAGAAACGGAUCGAUCGAAUGCUCGACACAUUUCGAAGUCGAUUUUGGCAUGACGAACAUCAAUGGUUUAUACAAUACGAUUGGUGUUUAGAUGAGCCAAAAGUUUGUUUUUAUACUCUUCCAUAUGCUUUUAACGAAUUUCAUCUUGAUUCUUUCAUUCUUUCCAAGUCAACGUGUUCUCCAAAUAAGUACCAAUCGUCAUAUGAUCAGGUGCAUCAUUUGAUUUGUAAUGUCGAUUUUUUCAAGUACUCAACACUAUUCAAUAGUCAAUUUUGUAACAUUGAAAAACUUUCAAUACGGUUUCCUAUCAACGAGCAAUUGUGGUUUAUUAUUCCAACAUUCGAUCGACUGACAUCACUCGACAUAUUAUCAUCUCGUCCAGAUCAAAAUUGUAAAAAUCAACUUCAAGCAUUGCUCGAUCGAGCUCCUCAUCUGACUACAUUAAACAUUCAUGAUUAUUGGUUCAGUUGGCCUUCAGAAAUGAUAAUAUUCAAUAAAAAUAGUGCAUCAAUAUCUCAACUCAAUGUUCUUUUAUCUGAUGUAUUAUAUGAUAAUGAACAAUGUAUUGCGUUGUGUGAUGUAUCUCUUGCUGCUCAAUGUCAAGUACUUUCGAUUCGUGUAACAAAUCGAACAUGUAUUCUUGAUCUAAUCAAUGGUAUGAACAAUCUUCGAGUGUUGAAUGUUCAAUGUCAUGAUGAUCAAUCAAUUAAAAAUACAAUGUCAGACGAAGAUGAAUUAAGUCAUUGGUUGAGCGAACAUCAACCACCAUCAUGUGCAAUAUUCGACAUUGUUCGUUGUGGAAAAACUAUUCAUUUAUGGAUUCGUUGA